AUGCUGCAGGAAUCGACUGAGAAGCUGGUACGCAGCGACACUCAGUUUCUCCCGCUGGCCUGCCUGGCACAUGGAUCUUCAGAGGCUGGUGGCGGCAGUACAGGCUCUUCGAUGAAUCUUCAAGGCUGUCUUCCCAAAGCCUUUUCAAAGCUGGGCAUCACAUGCGAUGCAUGA